AAAUUUAUGCUCGGAUUUGCCGAAGAUUCAAAAAAUGACGACGAAUAGACCAAAAAUCAAAGUUGCAUCUGUUAUAAACCGAAAAUAUUUGGCAUUUAGAAAACUUGGAGAAGGUGGAUGUGGAGUCAUUUACGAAGUUGCGAUGGUGAAGUGCCCAGGGAGAAGAUUUGCGUGCAAGGCUGAAACUACCGUAUUUGAUGAGGAUCCAACACUGCCAAUGGAACACAAAAUAAUUUCAAAACUCAAUGAAAAGAAUUCUAUCCACUGUGUGGAACUUAUUGAUAAAGGACAAAGCGACAACUAUCAAUUCAUUGUUAUGACACUUUUAGGACCAUCACUUGAUGCAAUUCGAGCGACUCUUCCUACCAAUAAAUUCUCGACUUUUUCCACUUUAGUCAUGGGAAUUCAAGCAUUGGAUUCGAUUAAAGAAAUCCAUGAUAUUGGAUUUGUGCACCGAGACGUGAAGCCGGCGAACUUUGCGAUAGGAGCACUUGGAACACCGAAACAACGACUUGUUCAUGUUCUAGAUUUCGGAAUUUCUCGUCAAUAUUUGGUGAAAGAUGGGGAGAAUGGAGGAUUGAGAAUACGGAAACCAAGGAGAAUUGUUCCAUUUCGAGGUACUCUUAGAUAUUGUUCAGUGGCUGCUCAAGAAAGAAAAGAACAAGGAAGACAUGAUGAUUUGUGGUCCUUGUUUUAUAUGAUUGUCGAAUUUGUGAAGGGAUCACUGCCAUGGACGGGAAUAAUGGAAGAAGAGAAGGUGAUUGUUAUGAAAGAAGAUGUCACGGAGCUAUUCAAUGGCCUUGAGUCCGAAUGUGCAAUGUUUGCUCAACACCUGUCAGUUCUUCGUUAUCAAACGAAUCCAGAUUAUGCACUUCUUCGAGAUCUUCUCAUGAAUAUUUUUGUUCGACGAAAUUUCAAUGCUCAAAUGAAAGUUGAUUGGGAGAAAGGUGGACGAUAUGAAAGCCAUUUUGAGAAGAAAACUUCAACUUUGCCAGUUGUUAUCGAGAAAGACAUGACUGAAGUGGAUCUGUCAAAGUUGCUGAAUGUUCCGCAAAAUGAGAGAAAUAUAACAAUGGAAGAAAUUAUAGCUGCUGGUAAAACGACAGAGGAAGAGGGACUGAAUACUGCUCAAGAUGAUACGAUUGUUGAGGAUGAAAAUGGAUUUUUGGGAAAACAAGAAGCCAAGCCGGCGACACCAUCUGCUCGAUCUGAAACCAGUAAGAAAGUGAAAAGGAGAUAUAUUGCGAGAACACCAUCGGCGCAUAAGAUUGAACAGAUUGAAAAGAACUGGAAGAAGAAAGAGGAAGAAGCGAAUAAAGAGAAGUUGCUGAAGAAUGCACGGGCGGCACGAAGAGCCAAAGAAGAUUUUAUUGUUCCGGAGGAUAAUACGGUUCAAAAAAGAAAACUCGAGAGCACACAACUGUCGUCUGCAGUUUCCACGAAAUCCACUAGAAGUAUUGGAAAGAAGAUUUUGCCGCCGAAAUCAUUUGAGCUUCAUUGAUAAAUUUUAUUUU